AAGCACGCCGCCCCAGUGAAGAUGGCGGCUGAGCUGCACCCGCGCAGCGGAAAACUGAUCGGACUGUCGAAUUCGAACAGAACCGCUCAGCGGAACCAACCAGUCCAAGAAUUUAACCACGGGUUGGUUCUAAGCAGAGAGCCACUGAGGGACCGGGAUGUAUUCACCGUCCGUAUUGACAAGAAGGUGAACUCAUGGAGCGGCUCCGUAGAGAUUGGGGUGACUGCUCUGGACCCUGCUUGUCUCGAUUUCCCCAGCAGCGCUACGGGUCUGAAGGGAGGCUCCUGGAUCGUCUCUGGCUGCUCAGUCCUACGCGACGGCCGCUCCGUCCUCGAGGAGUACGGCCGUGACCUGGACCAGCUGGCCGAGGGCGACCGCGUGGGCAUACAGCGGAGCGCCCGCGGCGAGCUCCACCUGUGGGUGAACGGGCAUGACUGUGGUGCAGCUGCCAGCGGUCUCCCGACGCGCCUCUGGGCGGUGGUGGACCUCUACGGCAAGUGUACGCAAGUGACUGUGGUGAGCUGCGAGCCGCCCUCCUCGAUGGAGAGAGAUACGGAGAGGGAGACGGUGGAUGGGCAUGAAGAGGUGAUGGCGUGCGGGGUCAGGGAGGGAGACACCGAGGAUCUGACGUCAGUGGUGAAUCUGGCGGCAGCAACUAACGGGACAAACGGGACGACAGAGGAAGUGCCGGAGAUCCCUCCUACUCACAACCGACCUGACAAGUUCCCCAACAACAUAGAGCCUGAAACGGCUCUGACGGAGCACCAGCUCUUUGACGUGUUCAACAAUGCCAUCGUGUCCCUCUACCGCUCAGAGGACGAGGGCGGAGGAGGACGAGACCUGGGGGGAGGAACGGGGACAGACUCUGGUAGAGGGGACAGGGGGAGCAGCAGCAGCGGAGGGGGAGCUGUCAACAGUAACAGUAGUAACAGUGACAGCGGGGCCGGGACCGGCAAUACCGGAAGCACCAAUAACAGCCCCGCAGUAGGGGCGGGACUCGGGGCGGUGACGAGCGGGAUGAUGACCAAUGACGCGCUGCUGUUCCAUGAGAAGUGCGGUACGCUGAUCAAGCUGAGCAACAACAACAAGACGGCGGAGAGGCGGAGGCCGCUGGACGAGUUCAACAACGGCGUGGUCAUGACCAACCGGCCGCUCCGACACAAUGAGAUGUUUGAGAUCCGUAUAGAUAAGCUGGUGGACAAGUGGUCGGGGUCGAUUGAGAUCGGCGUGACAACACACAACCCCAACAACCUGGACUACCCUGCCACAAUGACAAAUCUGCGCUCAGGUACAAUCAUGAUGAGUGGCUGUGGGAUCCUGACUAACGGCAAGGGGACCCGUCGGGAGUACUGUGAAUUCAGCCUAGACGAACUGCAGGAAGGGGAUCACAUAGGCCUGAUGCACAAGGCCAGCGGAGCUCUUCACUUCUACAUCAAUGGCAUCGACCAAGGCGUGGCGGCGGCCCAGACACCUCCCAUGGUCUACGGCGUGGUCGACCUCUACGGCAUGGCGGUCAAGGUGACCAUCGUCCACAAUCACAACCACAGCGACCGGCUGCGUCGCAACAACGCCAUAAUGCGUGCGCUGUCCCCCGACGUGGGCCGCCCCCGGCCCGCCCUCUCCCUCACCUCGGACCCUGAAGCCACCGACCGCCUCCUCUUCCACUCCAACUGUGGGCAAAAGGCGGCCAUCAUCAGUGAAGGCAGGACUGCUCUUCGCCCUCAUGCGACGGACGACUUCAACCACGGCGUGGUCCUGAGUGGCCGCCCGCUGCGCUCCAACGAGGUGUUCCAGGUGCGCAUCGACAAGAUGGUGGACAAGUGGGCGGGCUCCAUCGAGAUUGGCGUGACCACGCACAACCCCGCCUACCUGCAGCUGCCCUCCACUAUGACCAACCUGCGCUCAGGGACGUGGAUGAUGACCGGGAAUGGGGUGAUGCACAACGGAACCACCAUACUGGACGAGUACGGACACAACCUGGACCGACUCAAAGCGGGGGACACGGUGGGCGUGGUGCGUAAGGAGGACGGGAGCCUCCACUUCUUUGUGAACGGGGUGGCGCAGGGCCCGGCGGCGUGGAACAUCCCGCCCAGCGUCUACGCCGUGGUGGACCUCUACGGCCAGGCCGCACAGGCCACCAUCAUGGACGAUAUGGCGGACCUCCCCCCUCUCCCUGAGGACAGCUCGGAGGGCCCCACCGUCAUGUCGCCCGGCAGCCCAUGCUCGGUCGCCGGGGGCAACAGUGCCAACGACCUGCGCUUCCACCAGCUGCACGGCACCAACGCGGUGAUCACCAAUGGGGGGCGCACUGCCCUCAGACAGAACUGUCGCUCCGAGUUCAACGACGCCAUCGUCAUCUCCAACAGGUGCCUUCGAGACGGAGAACUCUUUGAGAUAGUCAUUCAGAAGAUGGUGGACCGUUGGUCGGGGUCAAUAGAAGCAGGUGUGACUUCCAUCAGGCCAGAAGAGCUGGAGUUUCCUAACACCAUGACGGAUAUAGACUACGACACCUGGAUGCUUAGUGGCACGGCCAUCAUGCAGGACGGCAACACCAUGCGUAACAACUAUGGCUGCGACCUGGACUCCCUGACCACGGGCAGUAGGAUCGGCAUGAUGCGCUCAGCCACCGGCGACCUCCAUUACUACAUCAAUGGGGUGGACCAGGGCGUGGCCUGCACCGGACUGCCGCCAGAUAAAGAGGUGUAUGCGGUGAUAGACCUGUACGGUCAGUGUGUCCAGGUGUCCAUCACGAGUUCCUCUGGCCCUCUGGACAACAGUCUGUGUACCAGCAACAUAACGGAGAAGAGCUUCCCCAUACACUCACCAGUGGCAGGCGUGGCCCACCGGCUCCACAGUAAACAUGGUAAGAACGUGGUUCUGCUGGGAGACGGCUGCCAGGCCGUCCGGGUAGGAGGAUACGCUCAUGGCAUCGUCUUCAGCGCCAAGGAACUCAAAACAGACGAACUGUUCGAGGUGAAGAUAGACGAGGUAGAUAACCAGUGGUCUGGUUCCCUCCACAUGGGUCUGACCAGCCUGGCCCCCCCAGAGCUGCCUUCCUGCCCCAUGUCGGGCCUGUCCCCCUCCCUCACACAGCUCCGCGCCAAGGUCACCUGGCUGCUGGCCGGGUCAGAGGUCAGACGCAAUGGGGUCCUCCAAAGACAGAACUACGGGGCAUCCCUGGACAGAUUGAUGGUGGGGAACCGCGUGGGCGUGAAGAGAUGCAGUGAUGACACAAUGCACAUCCUCAUUGACGGAGAGGACAUGGGAACAGCUGCUACCGCUGUGGCCAAGAACGUCUAUGCGGUGCUGGACCUGUAUGGUCGUGUGACGGCUGUGUCCAUCGUCAGUUCCUCGGUGCUGGAGGACGCAGAAAGCAUCAAGGCCCCCUCCCUCUCCUCAGACAGCUGCAGCGACGGCGAGGAGGAGAGCACGCCGGUCGGGAGCACUAAGGUGGCCCUGGUGCCCAACAGUGUCAUGGCCUUCCUGGAGAACCAUGGGAAGAACAUCCAGCUGUCCAAUCAGAACCUGACGGCCGCCCGUGUCUCCAGCUACAACCAGGGCCUUCUGGUCACAGCACAACCCCUGCCCAGACAACAACUGUUCCAGUUUCAGAUUGACCGCCUGAACCCGUCGUGGACGUCAUCCUUGUCGCUAGGGGUGAUAGGUCACUCCCCUGACCGCCUCAACUUUCCCUCCACGGCGUGCUGUCUGAAACGCUCUGCCUGGCUGCUGCAGAGAGACUCUGUCUUCCACAACUCACUGAAGAUCUGUGAGAACUAUGGUCCUAACCUGGACACAUGUCCAGAGGGUACAGUAUUGGGUCUACUAGUGGAUGGGAACAGCUGUCUGCACCUCCAUGUGAACGGGAUGGACCAGGGGGUAGCAGCCCAGGACAUCCCCAACCCCUGCUACCCCCUCAUAGACCUCUAUGGGCAGUGUGAACAGGUUACAAUAGUGACUGACAACGUGCCAACCGUGGGAGGGGAGAGCGGUGAGGCGCGUUGCCAAGGCGACAUGGAGAAGGCGGACAUGGUUGACGGGAUCAAAGAGAGUGUGUGCUGGACGCCCCCUCCAGAGGUCAACCCCAACAAGACCUGUGAAUACCAGGCCCUGUGCUCGCGCUUCAAGGACCUGCUCACGCUGCCAGAUGGUUACUUCAACGAGGAUGCCAAGUAUAACCUGUGUUACUGUGAGUCUUGCCACAAGCUGCGGGGGGACGAGGCCUACUACAAGAGAGGGGAGCCCCCCCGGGACUACGCCCUGCCCUUCGGCUGGUGCCGCUUCGCGCUGAGGAUCAAGCCCCACUGUGAGGUGUCUAGUGCAUUUAAGAAGUGGCACAUAGCCUACCACGGCACCAGUGUAGGGGCUCUGAGACGCACCCUGGACCAUGCUCAGCUGCUCUCUGGGACUUCGUCCAUCUUCUCUGUGUCUCCGGCAAAGAUGGAGGGUCCUAACGGCUACAGUGAGCCAGAGGAGAACAGCAACAGCCUCCCCGACAGGGACAGGGAACGAGACAGGGACAGGGAACGAGACAGGGACAGGGAACGAGACAGGGACAGGGAACGAGACAGGGACAGGGAACGAGACAGGGAGGUUCCCCGGGUACAGCUGUCCCCCACCAUGCGCUACUCCGGCCUGGAGAUGUUCGCCCCUAAAGUGCAAUUCCGGGACCCUCGUUCUCACUGUUGUCACCAGGCCCAGGUGGGUUUCCAGGUGUGCGUGCGGCCGGGCUCUUACAAGGUGGGGCCCCAGAACCUUGGGACCAGCGAGCCCCUUGACCCCCGCUUUAGCAACACAGAAAUCGAGUGGAUCACCAAGGAGCAAGGGGGCACCCUCCUCUACGGCCUACUCAUACGGGUGGAGUGAGGGAGGGAUGAACAGCGGGAUGGAUAGAGUGGAGAUAAGGGAGCUUCUCUAUCCCAGCGGUGCCUCCAAAACCUCUACUCCAUCAACCAAAUUCCAGACUUUGAGACUCUUUGGAAUUUGGGUAAUUUCCCUCCUGUUCCCGGGGGGGGGAUUGUUGACAUUGACAGUUCAGCAUUAUUUUAGUUUAUUUUGGACAAAGUACAUUUUUGUUUGUUUUGGAAUAAUUUUAACAGGGCGGGGCUUUGGUGGAUUCAGAGAACAACAGACUGACACUGCCUGCACUUUAUGUUUUGAACACUUUGUGGGCUAUUUAAAAAAAAAAAAAAAAAAAAGUAAAAAACAAUCUACUUCUCAUUCAUAAUACAACACUCGUUUUUGGUCACCGCAGUUUUUCUUUUAGCACUGUUAUUGUCCUCUCUAGCUCUUGUUUUUAUCACCUUUUAUCCCAGCCUGAUCACUCUCCUCACUUUCUUUUUGGUUCUCAAGUACGGGGGUGGGUGGUUCUGCUCAGUUCUCGAGGCUGAGUGCACAACCGAAAUCGGUCACGUUCCAAGACUUGGACCGUUCUUUAAACUUCGCAAUGGCGAAGGCCCCCCCCCCCCAGUCGCCUGCAGAACGGUCAUUGACUAUUGGACUUUAUAAACUAAAGACUUAACCUCGUGUCAAUGGAGGAAAAGAGUGCAAAAUCAAACGAUGAGGAGAAAGACUGGAAAUAACCCUGAACAGGAGAAAGACCUGAGAGCACCUGUUUUUAGAGGGAGGAACAAAAAAAAACUGGACGAAAAUGUUUACAGGUGUAACGCUAACCACUGUCUGUCUACAUGUAUGACUCGUCCUCUCCAUCUCCCUCCCCUCAUAACUGUCCCAGAUUUUCAGAAAUGUCUUCGUCAGUGGAAAGCGGGGGGGGGGGUCUGUUCUGUUUCACCGACAAAGCUAUCUGCAUCUUGAAUAGUGUGAAGUGGCUUCCUCUCCUUAGUCCUCAUCUCCUUUCCUUCACCUGCACUGAUCUGAAGGAAAGGAGCAGAUAGAAAUGUCAUGAAUAGAGCUGACAUGAUUCUGUACCAGAUAGGCAUGUUUGUUCUUCAUAACAUAGUACUAUCUGAACUUUACACAAUGUUGUGGCCUGCUGAACGUGCCUGUUUUCACACAUCGUCGUUUACACUAGAGUUACGUUCAAGUCUUUUAAAGAUUGUAACGGAUCUGUCCCAUUAUGGCGUCGGUGAGCGUACGGGCAGUGCCAGUGAGGCCAUCUCCAUUUUUAAAGUAGUACGUUUCUUCUACUUCUGAGUUGGUAAACAAACUGAAAGGGUGCACACUGCCACCUAGAGUGUGUUGUUUGAACAGGUAUAAAGCCAAGGUUGGCUAUUUACAGCCACCUGCAGUCAUGGAAUGUUUGCUUACGAGUAUAAUUCAUUGGCUGAUCCCUGGAUGGAAUUUUGUGAUCCUUCCUUAACCCAUAGGAAGGUCCACCCAGUUGACUACUUCAAAAUUGUGAAGUCCCUAAUGGCACUGCCCAUGCUCAAACUUGGACACUGGAGUCCUCUAUAGAACUCUAUGGUCAUGGUUUUAACAGGGAGAAAUGUUCAUAGCCAAUAAGGUCAUAGGGGUCUGCCCUCAUUGGUGUGUUCGUGCAAAUACGCUUGGGAAUUUAAGUAUUUAACGAAAUGCAGGCCCUGAUGCUGGUGUUUACAUUGUGAAUGUAAUUCAUUAGGGUUUUUGUCAUUUAGUUUUUUGUGGUCCGUUUACGUUGAAACUAACACCCUUCAUUUGACAUAUUACAUUAAGAUUAACACUGGUUAAUUCAUUCCUGAUCCAAAUAUUCCCCUAUUUGAUUGUAUGUGGACGACUCUAAAGCACAUCUUCUUUUAACCAUGUAUGUUGUUGCCAAUGUGAUAUAUACUUAUGUAUGACAUACAUAGCCGCGCCAUCUCGCCAAGUCAUUGUUUUGACCAGAGAGGAGAAAAACAGGUUAAGUCAAGAUCUAAGGUUCAGUUGACUUUCCUCACACACACACACAACUGUGUAUAACCUAAUUUAUUGCAACAAAAAAAGUGGGCUUUGAAGAAGGAAAAAAAACUUGCUUGCAACGUCCAAUCAAAAUGUGAAAAAUGAUAUGGGGUUAGUUAAAGGCCCAGUGCUGCUUUUUAUGAUAAUGCAUUUGUACAGGCUGUUACAUAACAUGAAAUCAUAUCUUCCUGAUUUGUAAAAAUAAAUAAACAGAGUAUGCACAUGAUGA